AUGACAAUCAAUAUUCUUGAUUUCGCCGGUCGCAAACGCGUCGGUCAGAAAAUUUCCAUGGUGACCUGCUACGACUACUGGUCGGCGCAGAUUCUCAACUCAACCCAAAUCGAUACGCUGCUGGUCGGCGACAGCCUCGCUAUGGUCAUGCAUGGCUAUGACAGUACCGUCCACGCAACAGUCGAUAUGAUGGCAACCCAUAUCGCCGCCGUUCGCCGCGGUGCACCGGACAAAUUCAUUGUCGGCGACAUGCCCUUUCUUGCAGCGCGCAAGGGCCUCGGGACCGCCAUGGAUGCGGUGAGUCAGUUGAUGCAGGCCGGUUGCAAUGCAGUGAAGAUCGAAGGCGCAAACGGUCAGCUCGAUCUAAUCGCACAUAUCGUUGAGUCGGGCGUCCCCGUCAUGGGCCACUUAGGCUUAACUCCGCAAUCUGUCGAAGUACUGGGUGGUCACCGAGUUCAGGGCCGCGAAGAAUCGGCAGCCACGGCCAUGGUUGAGUCUGCCACGGCACUUGACGAGUCUGGUUGUUUUGCUCUCGUCCUUGAGUGCAUUCCCAGCGAACUGGGCAAGUCGAUCAGCCAGGCGCUUCAGAUCCCCACUAUCGGAAUCGGCGCUGGCGCCCACACCGACGGUCAGGUGCUGGUCUUGCAGGACAUGCUCGGAAUGAACGCUGAUUUUAAUCCUACGUUUUUGCGCCAGUAUCUCGCUGGUCAGGACCUGGUACAGAAUGCGGUCGACCAGUUUCAUGGCGACACCGUUUCAGGCAGCUUUCCCAGCCCGGCGGAGGCUUACGCUGCAUGA